GUUCUCCGCGCGUCCGAUAGAGUGCUUGCCGCGUCGCUGGCCGAUUCGUCUGCGCGUCGCGCCGCGUCUGCUUCGUCCACGUACUCGUCAUCGUCGUCGCUAUCAUCACCGUCAACGUCCGCGAUAUCGUCCCCGUGUUCCGGGUACAAUAGAGUUCGGCCGUCACAUCGCAGGCACGUUGGCCGCCGCCAUGGACCACGUCGGUCUGCUGUUGCAGCACUCGCAAUACGUAUACGCGGUCCCCGUGGGUGUCGUGCUGGUUUUCGCCAUUCUCGUGUUCGCCUUCGGCUUCAAGAAGGCCGAACAGCCGCCGUUCGCGCAGCUGUCCGCGGGCUCUGACGUGGACCGAAAAUUCGCCAAGAAGCGUGGCAAGGUCCGCGAGAAGAAAGCUGCUAAUGGACAAAUUACAUCUGAAAAAACAAGCCCAGCUAAAAAGACAUUAGCUGUAAAGGCGGAAGCUCCAAAGAAAGCUACGAAAGGAGAUGAUGUUGAUGGUAAGCUAAAAGAGCGUAAACAAGAAGACAACAAGAUCACCACAACUAAGAAAGAGAAGGAGAAUCCCUCAGCUAAGAUUGGCAAAGAGAACAAAGUGGAACAGGUGAAGAACAAGAAGAAUUUGAAGAACUUAUUCCAGGAAAAGCCUGUGGACUUUGACGAUGGAGACUGGGAGCAAGCUUAUUCCCGUAAGGACAAAAAAAAUAAGAAGAAGGAGGAGGAAUCUCCUUCAAAGAAAAAUAAGAAAAUUUCUAAGAAGGCUGAUUUAAUAAAUGAGGCCAAGCAAAAAGAACAGGAAAAGCCUGAAAUCAAAGAUAAGACUGCUAAAGAAACAGAAAAUAAGGAACUCAAGGAGAAGGAGAAGAAAGAGGUGAUUCUUACACCUAUCUCUGAUGAAGAGAUAGGUAAAACCAAAGAAAUAGAUAAAGAAGAACAGAACAAGGUCGAGAAAGUCGAGAAGGAAGAAAAGAGAAAAUCAAAGAAGAUUAAGAAGGCUGUCGAGAGUGAAAAUACACCCGUUUCGGUACCAUCCACACCAAAGUCAGAUAAUAAGCCUGUUGUAGAAGAACCGGAAGAAAAACCAGCUGACAUGGAAGAAGUAGCCACAAAUAAUGAAGAGAAUAAAGUUGUAGAAAGUAAAGAGAAAGCCGCUGUGUUCGACGAAUUGGGAGACGUCUGGACAGAAGCAAAGCCUCAGAAAAAGAGUAAAAAAAAGGCUCGUAAGGAUAAUUGAGGAGGAUUAUAUGCAAUGCUAAUGAUAUUGUUCCUUACAAAAGGACAUAGAGUGAGAAUCGUGCUUGGUCCAAAGGACGUUUGUCGCUUUCGACAAAUCAGGUGUGUUUUAGAUGACUUGCUAAUCGCGACCAUCUGACCAAAAAUCGUUCCUUUCUCCUUGUACAUAAUAGUAAUUGGACUAGUUUGUUCGAUUAAUUAUGAUUUUUAUAGUUAGUCAUGACUUCCAGAUCGCGUGAGAGCGCUACAUAUAGGACGAAGAUUUUUUGUACGUUUUUCAUUUCUCUUCAGUCCACUAUCUUGCAUUUAUAAGAGUGGCAUAAGUCAUAAUUAUCAUUAUUAACAAGACAAUUCUUGUCCACAUAUUAAUUUUCUUAGGUACCUUUAUAUGUCCAUAAUAGCAUAUUAUUUUAUUUGUAUAAUUAUAGGACUAUGUAUACAGUAGAUCUGUAUCAUAAAGUUGUGUAAUGGUUAAGAAUGGUACUUAGACCAUUUAUGUUUCUUUUGUUGAGUAAUCUUAUAAAGAAUAUUUGUACAAUCGUACUAUUUCUAUAUUAAGAAGAAACAAUUCUGUACGCAUUAUCGUCUCGCUGUUACUUAAACGUCGGUCUUAAUCUUUGCAUAUGAAUGGUUGAAAGGCAAAAUGCAGAAAGUAUUUCCAUAUAUAUAUUCCACGGUAAUAUUCAUAAUGCAGGACAAUCUCCGAAAACGGUAAGCUUAUAUUGCUGAUGUAUCGCUUAUAAUAUAAUACCUUGUAUUUUUCUACAUAAUUAGUCGCUAUAAUAGAUUAUUUUCUGUUUCAAAGACAGAGAGCGUCGAAAAUCUUGUAACAAUUAGCCCAUUCUUAACACGUUCUCUUGUUAUUGAAUAAUACAUCAGUAAUAUAAGUUUCAUGGAAUGGUAUAAAUAAUAUCACAAAUGAUGGCACAGUAUGAAUCAUACCACAAUGUGAUAAUGAAAAUGUAUAAUUUAAAUAGAAUUUUGAUUUAUCCCAAUGUACAUUGAUGUGUGCAAUGUACAUUUACACAAAGAUAUGUAUAUAAAAAUGUUAAAAAUUUUGAGAAACAAAAGCUACGUGAUAUAUCUUGCGAUAACUCACAGAUAAUUCACAGAUUUGUUAAUUAAUUAAUGCUGUUAUAUAUUUCAUGUCUAUGAAAAUUGAAUGAUGACCACGAAAAGAUUUAUUUGAUAAAAUGCAAGGAAGAGAGAGAAACAAAGGGAGAGCUGGUAAAAUAUCGAUAUUUUUGCAACAUAAGUGUACAUAUGGAUAACACUAUGAAUAAUGUUAUAAAGAAAUAUUGAUUUCUUGUUAAACUUUUAGAAGCUCUCAAACCUUUUCUAAAGCGAAAAAUAUAUAUUUGUAAAUUUUUCUUUAUACAUUAUGACUGAAACAUAAUUUACUGAAAUUGAUUUGAAGUUUAUUUGCAAGCAUGACAGAGAAUGCUCUAACAUACUGCCUUCAUAUAUCUUUGACUACGUUUUUACAGUUACAUUAUAAUUAAAACACAGGAUUGCUAUGAUAACAUGUUAGCUAGCAUAAUUAUAGUUAGCAAUAGAUCUCAUAAUUUCAACUUUCGUUUCAUGAACAAGCAUGAUGGCAAAAAGAAAAACGGGAACGAUAUUUUUGUAUAAUUUCUUCUACGACUGAAUUUUGUAUGUAUCUUGUUAUAUCAGACGUUAUUUUGUAAACAGCUCUCUUAGGCAGUUAUCAUCAUGUAAAUUGUUCGAAUAAUUGAACAUAGUACUAGAUCGAGAAGAGAUCAACAUACAUCAAAACCAUCGUUUGUGAAUAAUCCAGCUGUUCAUUUCUCAUGCUAUGUAGGAAGAAUAAUCUCUUGAUCAUGCAUUGAAAGUGAUCUAUGAAUGAUUUUAUGUAUUGUGCAUACCUUAUAGAUAUUACUGUGUCAGAAUACACGUUAUCAAUAUCCUCUAUUGCUAUUAGAUGCUAAACUCUAUAAGGCUAACGUUGCGCAAAAGUGUUAUUAGAAAUAUUAGAAAGCUAUUCAGAAUUUCACAUUUUUCUCGGAAUGUCCUAGCUUAUAUAUUUUAUCUGAAGAAAAAUGGGCGCGCGCGCGCGACAGAAAUAUAUUAAAUAUAUAUAAAAAAAAGAUUAUAUUCAUACGAGAAUGACUUGAUGUGUGAGCAAACAGAUUACUAUUGUUGUUAUAGAAUAUAUGUUAUGACAACAUUCUAAAUGAUUUUAAGAAUUAUCUGUUAACAUGUAAAAUUGUAUAAAUAAUUUUAGAAAGAAACAGAGCGAAUGAGAGAGAGAGAGAGAGAGAGUGAUAUCAUUUAAAAUUUAUGACAAUAUUGUGAUAAGAGUACUAUACCUGAACAUUACACUUGAAUGUUGCAAACUAAAAUGCUAAAUUACUUAUAACUUUUAAGUGUAGAAAGGGGCAGAGAGGGAGAGAGGGAAAGAAGUAUCUAUCCUGUUUGAAUAGCCAUUGAUAUUUUAUAUACUGGAUAUCAAUAUAUUCUCAUAAAUACACACACGCGUAUAUACACAUACAAAAAAAAAAGAAAGAGGAAGAUUACUAUGUAGAUGAAUUUUUCGGGUUACGCACUUAUACUUUCAAAAUUUGCUGAAAAUUUAUUGUGGUGAUGGUCGUAUAAAAUUAUGUAAAAAGGAAGAAAAAAAUGAAUUUAUUUGUGAAAUACAUCGAGCAAGCUUGAAUUAUAAAACUGCAAGCAACGACCUAAUUGUCACAUAAAUCAAAUUGCUUGUGUCAACUGUAUAUACCCCGUGCCAAAAAGUAUCAUCUCUCUUCUCUGAAUCAUGUUUGAAAGGCUAAAUUUCAUACAAUAAUUUAUGGAUAUCAAAAAUUUAGCUAUCGUAUUUACGGCCAUUCUAUAUAUUUAAGUCUUUCACGAUCGAUAAGACUGCGUAAAUCUUUUCUCUCAUCGUCGCUUGACUCUUUGUGGCAUCACUAAGAAAUUUCAAUUGAAUGAUAAUUAGCGGUUAAGCGAUUAUCCGAGUAGCUAAUUGAGUAGCUAAUUUAAUUUAGACGAUAGAACCAAGUUCUUUUCUCUGCGAAACUUUUAUAAAAUUAUUUUUCUAAACAGUGGUCUGUGUAUUACAAAUGAAAAUAUGUACGUGAUUUCGUGUGUUGCAAAGAGCUGAAGCGAUAGGUAGAUGGAGAUGUUACGGACAGUGGUGAGUUAAAUUAUCACCGAGGAAUGCCAUUAUAAGAUAACAGCUUAAAUAAUGCUUUCCAAAUUUUCCAAAAGUAAUAAAUUCGCGAAGUUUUAAAUGUCGAUACUGUUUGUAUAAUGAUGCAAUCGUUAGUUUAACUGGCUAAUUAGAACGGAGAACUUAACAAUCGUGCGAAAAGGAAAAUGAAAAGUGGCUAAUGAAUCACACUGACAAGGACGCACAAAGAAAUUAAUACUAUUUUUCUAAAUACUAUUCCCAAAAUCAUUACAUCGCUACAUGGCAUUCGCGAGAACGAGUAUAUAGUUUAUCGUGGCGAAAUAUGAAGCCGAAUAUGUGUAUUUCGAAUAUCAUGCUUCAAUACAUAUUUGAUAUGUCGGAUGUCAAAUGCUCUGCUGAAAGCUCGAACGGGGAGAGAUGGAGGAGAAUAUUUUUUCUCAUAUGUCUAGUAUUUUCAAGAAGAUUUUCAAACAAAAAUCAACAAAGUAUAGGGACGAAAAAAUUAGAAGCGAGACACGAGUCGACUAUAAAAUCGGAAAAGUAUUAUAUUGUCAUUGUACAUAUGUAUAUUAAUACACGAGUAAUGUUCUCUCCUUACUAAAUGUAUAUGUGCAAUGUUGCGUUAACACAGUCCAUCGGGACAGUCUCUGCAGCGAUGGAGAUCCAGCGAUCAGAUUUUAAGGAUAUUUUCGAAGAAUUAAUCAGCGUCCAAAACGAAUUACACACGAGCUAUCCAUUUCAAAAAUAGUUAGGCAAGAAAAACACUAUGAAACACACCGUAUUUGUUUUGUAAAAAGAGAUUCUCAGAUUUGAAUUUUUUUUUAUUUUUAAAAAUGACCUAUAUGCACCAAUAAUACAGCAUACUUCGAUUACAAAUCCAUAGCGUGUUGUACACUUUCCAUAAAUUUAAUUAAUAAUGAUGUAUGUCCUCGUAUCAGGGACACAGAGUUUAUAUGUUGCAUUUUGAAAAUAUAUAUUUCCGAUUCUUCCAUCGAAAUAUAACGACGAUAUGGCGCGAUUACGAUGGCCUAUUUUAGUCGCGUGAUUCGAUGUAAUUAUAAUUUAUCAUUGCACGGCACAUACGAGGACUGAUCGCAUUCGAAAUAUCGACUGCAACAUAGAGAUAAGAUAAGGAAAAGAGAUAGAUAAACAAAAGCGCGACACGACAAUGUCGAAUAUAUAUAUAAAGUUACACAUAUAUAAUUUAUUUUAUUCAUCGAUUGUUGCAAUCAUAACACAUGUGACAAAUUAAUAUUAAAUUCACUGUAUGUGUGUGUUUGUGCGUGUGUGUUUGUGCAGAAUAUACAUAUAUAUUUCGUGCAAAAUGCGUAUGUUUCGAUUGACUUAAAUCUUAUCAUUAUGUGAGCGUAUUAACGCAAACCGGGAAAAUAUGACAAAUAAAACGUAUGCGUUCAAACUCAAUGGGAAAGAUAUAAAAUUGAUGAGAAAUAUUCUGCUCACGUGAAUCGAGUAAUUACGAUUAUGCGUUUAUAUUCUUGAAAUUAUGAUAUAUAUAUAAUCGAAAUAUUUCUAUAUAUUUGUGCAAUGCAAGAGAUAUAUUAUAUAUAUACAUAAAUAUAUAUUUUUUGCACUUGUCUCGCUCGACGAACGGAACAUUUCUCGUGAGGGUACGCUUUUUGGUUGUGAUAUCUAUGGAAAAAUGUGUGAGAAUUAUGGAAUGUGUCUUAAGACAAA